AUGGGCACGAAUCCUUUUAGGCUUUUGCUAGUGAUAUUGGGGUCUGCUUAUGGCCAGAGUAUGAGUUCUAACUCGAUGGGACACUUCGGAGCCCUCCCUCGUGAGUUGCACCGUUCUGGAAAUACAGAGUCCACAAAAGUAGCUUUUUUAAUCGUAGCGAUCGGUAGGGCCUCCCAUGAAAUAGUCAUAAAAAGUGAGACUAACAUAUGUUUCGAAACGGUUUACGCUGCCGUGUGAAGACAUACCCCCUCUACCUUAUGUAAUCACACUAAGCAAACUCGAAUAACCUCGAUUGAGCCGUUUCGGUCGUGGCUUACAUAGAACAUAGACUGGUCCAUGAAACAUGACUAUUCAAAAACUGCCGG